CGGAAGCGGCGGGCGGCAGCCAUGACGGAAGGCAGGAAAAGGCGGAGCUUGCGACUUCAAGCCGGGAGGCGGCUGCCUUCUAAUAAGGGAGCAGCUCCUGAGGGGAUCAGUGUGCAAACAGGGUGGAGAUGGAGAUUAAAUCCUUCAUAGACAACUGCCAUUAAAACUUUGUAAUUGAACUACAGAUGUUGAAAAGGGGAACAGUGGAACAUUAAAUACCAUCACCUGGAACAUUUAGCUCUUUAAUUAAAAAAAAAUGAAAGGAUUGACUGAAGAUCACCUGUACCUGGACUACUUUAAUCAGAAUGCAGAUUGUGUCUUUCCUCUCCACACCUCCAUAUCCUUGUUUUUGUUGUCAUACUGUGACUGCAAGACAUUCAGAGUAUUUUUAGUACUGCCAGGUGAAACAGCUUCAGAUGCCCAGCCUAAAGACAAAGUAUUUCCCAAGGACCUGGAUAUUUGCUUCAUCAAAAGAUGUCAACUUCCUUUGGUGGUCCAGAGCUGCUGUUUACCUGCUGUCGUCGAGAAGAAUGGAAGAUUUUGUCGAGCAGGACUUGCUGUGGUAUUGAGGCACAUAGUACAAAAAACAUAUGAAGCAGAUCCGUCAAAGGAGGACAUUUUGGAACUCUUGGGAUUUAAAAAGACCUGCUUGAAGGCUUGUGCUGAAGUUAGUGAAUGGACAAGACUUUGUGAAAUCAGCAUCCCUCAGGCAGUUGAAAACUUUCUGAGCGUGUCUUCGGAUCAGGUUCAGAGUAUUCCGGAGGAAGUAUUACGGUUUGAAAAGAAGCUGGGAGAGCCUGUAAGAGUACAUAAUGAUGACAAAAUUCGAAGACAGAAAGUUCAACAGCAAAAGACAUUCGUCAAGGAAGCAUGUAAAGAUGUUUCUUCACAAGAGGGAAGAUUAGCAGAAAAUCUGGACUCCUCUCCUGCAGAACUGGAACUGAGUUUAGCUUUAUCUAAAUUAACUGUGCAAAAAACACCAGUUGCUGCCAAAAGGGAGCCCUCUCAUAUUAGGAAGAUGAAAACAUCCGAAUUGCCACUUUUGGAACACGUUUUUGCUGAAGGGCUAUACUUCACUUUGGCUGAUGUAGUCCUCUUUCCAUGCAUCCAUCAUUUUUUGGGUUUCAGCAAGAAACACCAAGAGAACUUAUUAAGAUUGCCAUUGAUAUCUAGUUGGUUCCAGAGAGUUCAGGAAGUACCUGGAAUAAAGAGAGCUGCUGCCAAAUGCAAUAUGCAAUUUUUACCCCAUCAAGGCUCAGUCUCUUUAUCAGAUGAACACAUGCAGUUUAUCUGCACGGCUUCUGAUGAGCCAGAGGAAGAGCAUGAAGACACUUCAUUUAUAGGUGGACCAAGGCCAACCAUGACAAAAUUAAUGAAAAGAGGUAUUGAAGCAACAUUUUCCCCUCAUCCUUGCCCUAGUUGGGCACUAGAUUGGGACAGUCUGCCAGCAGCUGUUAAUCCAGGAGAAGGAAAAAUGUCCAGUGAUCGCGCUUUUAGGAAACAGCAACAGCUCAACAAUAUGGUGGCCUUAGUGAAAAAGCUGGCUAAACCUGGAGAUAAAAUUGUGGAUUUUUGCAGUGGUGGGGGCCAUGUUGGAAUUGUCCUUGCUCACGUACUUCCAUCAUGUCAGAUCAUAUUGGUAGAAAAUAAAGAGUUGUCACUGACACGUGCUGAAGAAAGAAGCAGUGUGCUAGGAUUAGACAACAUUUGGUUCAUCCAAGCAAAUAUGGACUAUUUUAAAGGAAAUUUUAAUAUAGGGGUAGCACUGCAUGCUUGUGGUGUGGCAACAGACAUGGUGAUUGAACGCUGUGUCAAAGCUCAUGCAGCGUUUGUUAUCUCUCCAUGUUGUUAUGGCUUCAUUCAGAACACAGCCAAGUUUGCAUUUCCACAAAGCCAUCAGUUCAAGGAAGUGUUAUCCUAUAAGGAGCACAUGAUUCUUUGCCGAUUUGCUGAUCAGACAGCUGUCCAGCUUCCCCCUGAACGCAGGCAAAUAGGUAAACACUGCAUGGGACUGGUGGAUCUGGACCGGGCUUGGGGAGUGGAAAAAUGCAACUACUCUGCGCAAGUGAUAUCAAUGGAACCAGAGACAUGUUCCCCAAAGAACAACUUGAUAGUGGGUGUCCCAAUUUAGUUCAAAGGACUUUUCUGAUCAAUUUCAAUUAAUAAUCACUCCUUGUGAUCAAAGUCCAGUAACAUUUUGGAGAUACAAACUGCAGCUGUGAAGCAGACAGUGCACAUCUUGAAUCCAUUGUCUCCAAAAUAAGGAAGCAGAGAGGAAAGGGGUUGGCAGUGGGGCUGCUUGCAAAGCUUCCUAAAUCCUCCUUGAAAUGUGUGAUUAAAUGACAGCUGGUUCUCAGAGCAGGAAUAUCCCAAAAUGUCCAUCUGCCCCCACAGCAAUACCAAUAAAGAUUUUUUUUAAAAAAAGCUUCAUCACUGGCAAGGUGAUUUCAUUUCCUUUCUAUGAAGAUAGAUCUUGCAUGUUCGAAAACAGAUUUUGCAAGUAUUUUUGUACUCAGACUUUGACUAUACUAACAAGGGUACCCAACUACAGAACUCAACUCUCAUCAUUAAAAUCUAGUAACAUGCUUAUUCUGCAACCAUGCUAAGAAUGUGGACAAUAAAGGUUUUUCUUCUCCCAUAACACUGGGAGACACUAAUGAGUUAGAAUGUUGGAAGAUUCAGAACAGACAAAAGAAAGUAGUUUUUCAUGCAGCACUUGGGGCUUAUCCACAAUUCUUCUAGUUUCGCUGCUUUCACCUGGAAAAAACCACUCUAGCUUUCAGUUGGAGCAAACGGCAAUUCAGGUUUUCUCUGGAUUGAUGUUUGCUCCGAUUUAGAGCUAAAGAGUGGGUUUUCCUUGGGAAAUGAGUGGGGCAAGGGGGGCGGAAUGCUUGGACCACUCAAACACCUGCUUUCUAGGCACAGGACAAGCAGAAGUGUGGACAAUUCACUCCCACAAGGGGCAGUAAUGGCCACCAACUUGGAUGGUUUUAAAAGAAGAUUAGACAAAUUCAUGGAGGAUAAGUCUUGUUAUUGGUUACUGCCCAUUGUGGCUUUGCUCAUAGAGACAGUAUGCUUCUGAGAAAAGAAUACUGGACGUGAUGGACCUGAGCCAACAGGUUCUUCUCAUGAUCUUAUGCCGACUUGCCUCAACAGCAAUUUAGAGAACUUUCUCCGACUUAAUUAACUGUUGAACUCAUUAAGGAGCACAAUCCUUGGUUGAGCUUUAUAGUUUCCUUUUGUCUUUUCAUUUUCCAUUUCCAUUGCCACAGCUCCUUCCAAGCCCAUUCUGCAUUUGGAAGCACCUACAAUUUGGAACUCCCUGCCUA